AUGAAGAGAAAGAGAAAAAAUUGUAUUGGGCUUUGUAACUGUUCCUUUGACCAAUUUCGAAGGGGAAUUGAGUUUCUGAAAGAGACGGAUGCAAUACUAGAUGAAGACAUAUUUUUAAUUUUAAAAAGAGUAUGCUCCUUUUUGUUUUUCUGUGUAAAGAAUAACAAAUUCGACUAUUUAUACAAUUAUUAUGAUAAGAAUUACAGUAAUAGUGAUAAGAAUAGUAAUAGUAAUAACAGUAGUGUAAAUAACAAUAGCGCCAAUAACGAUGGCGGUAAUGAAAAUAGUGAGUGUAAAAGGGCGGAAAAAGACAAGGCGAACAAUAAUGAGGAUAAAAUAAUUGAUAUUAAAGACAUGUUUUUAGAGAAAAACGAUAUAAUUGAAGAUUAUGAAUUUGUUCAUGAGGAUUAUAUAAUAAUAAAAAAUAUAAAUCGGUUGCUACUAAAUAAGUUAGUAGAUAAUUAUGUUGGUUAUACUUGGCUAUGUUUAAUUUUGUCGGAGUAUUUAAAUAACCUUGAUGGUUUUAUUAAGUAUCUAGAGAAAGAAAAAAAGGAAGAAAAAAAUAAUGUCUCAAAAAAAAAAAAAAAGUUUUACAAAAUUGUCAAGAAAAUAGAACAAUUGAACGGAACUAGCCAACUUAAAUAUUACUAUAAUAAGAAAAAAUUAGGAAGUGAAAAAACGAUUGACACUGAUUACGAAAGGAGAAAGAACACAGUUAUUACAAAACCAAAUUAUAUGAAUUAUUUGUAUUGUUAUUACGGCAAUUUUUGUUCAUCCGGUAAUACUAAUAAUGAUCAGGUAAGGAGUAAAACGGAAGGACUCAGAGAUAGGGAAAGAGAAGGAGAAAGAGAAAGAGAAGGAGAAAGAGAAAGAGAAAGAGAAGGAGAAAGAGAAAGAGAAGGAGAAGGGGAAAGAAAAAACUUGUGUUAUUUAAAUGAUCUUGAAGAUAGUUAUAGUUGGAUUUUCAGAGAUGAUGAAAAAUUGACAAAUGACAAUGAAAGCAAAAUAGAAAAAAACUCAAAAUAUUUUGCUAGUAGUGAAAAUUAUAACUUUCAGGAGAAACACUUAAUUAGUGAGAAAGGCUUCUCCAUUCAGACCCACAACGAACAGACGUGUGAUAAUAGAAGUGAACGUAAAAGUAGGAAUCGAUUCAUUGGGAACACCCUUGACGAUGCUCACAGUGGAGUGAAAACAGGUUUAGAGGAGAACAAGGAAGAAUGUUACAGGGUCACUCAGAAAGAGGAGUGGAAAAAAAGAAAAAAGGAAAAGGAGGAAAAGAACGAGGAGGGGAAGGAAGAGAUAGAGGAAGAACAAGAGCAAGAGGUCAUUACCGCAAAUGAUGCAAAUAAUGCAAAUGAUGCAAAUAAUGCAAAUGAUGCAAAUAAUGCAAAUGAUGCAAACGAUGUAAACGAUGUAAACGAUGCAAAUGCAGGCAGUAGCCCCAAUAAGGAGAAUCUUGCUCCUCGAGAACGAGCCAAUCCUGUUAAUUCAAGGGGAAAUAUUUUUUUCGAUAACGAAAAGGGGUACAAUAUGGGUGUAAGCGACAGUAAGGAGCAACGGAGUGGGCACAAUGGACAUAAGAAGAGUAAGAGAAGUGAUAGAGGAAAAGGCGAAAAAAUGAACGAAAGACGGAAUAAGAGGAGAAAAAGGUGUAGAAGUGCGAGCUGCAGUACUAAACAAACCACGGGUCGAGACAUGAAUAUAAGGGAGAACCGAAACGACGACAAUCUGCAUUAUCUGUACAAAGCGUUGUGCGAUUUCCUAUCAACCAAAUACGAAACAAACAAACUGCUGAAAUUCAUGGAUGAGUACAGGGAUAUGUAUGCAUGGAAACCACCCCCUUUUUAUUGGAAAAUACUGAAGAAUAAAUAUGUAGUUAAAGAAAUAUUAAAAUUAUAUGAAGAGAGAAACUUAGAUCCUUUUUUAUCAUGUUUGUAUGAAGACUUUGUAAAUAAAUAUUAUUUUGAAGAUAAGAAUGAAAAUAAUAUAACUACAUAUACAAGUAAUUUUAAUGUGUUCACAUUACGAAUAAGUGAAGAGAUACAAAAAUUCUUGUUAUUAGAAGAGCCAGAAGAAGAAGAUGAUGUUUUAAAUAUAUGUAAAAAUAUUUGUAUUAGUGAAAAUUCAUAUAUAUAUGCUCAACUUAUAUUAGAGUAUAUAUACCGAAAUAAUAAUGAUAAUACUAUGAGAAGACUGUCUCAGUAUUUAUGUCUUUACAUUUUAUAUAAAGACAUAAAUGUUUAUAACACGUGUAAUAAUUAUUUUUCUAACAUUGUGGAGAAUGAAGUAAGUAUUACUUAUUUAAUUUUCAAAAUAAAUAAUUUACAUAAUUAUAGUUCUUUAUAUACCAUUUUUAAAAAUAUAUAUAUGACAAGAAAUAAAGGAUGUAUGAACAUAAAUCAUACAGACAUAAUUAAUUUACACCAUUCUAUAGUGCGCAUUUUAAAAGUUUUCAAUGGAAAAAAAUUGCUUUUAUUUGAUUCAACAUAUUUAUUUGGUUCACUCAAUUUGUCUGGUUCAUCCCAUUCAUUCGAUUCGUCAAAUUCGAAGAGGACCUUCUUUAAACAGAGGAAUUGUAAGAACAACACAACACUUAGCAGGGAAUAUACUUCUCCUACAAUUUUUUCUGUUAGUACUGAUCCUAGGAGAGAAGGUUCUUCAUAUAUUUUAAGAAGCUGUGAUUAUAAUUCGAAUUUUUCUGAUAAAAAUAGAAGCAAUAUCGAACAAGAAAAUGCAAAAGGGAGGUUGUCAGAAGAGCAGCGGGAGGGUUACUCCCCCCGUUCCGUAGUAGGAGAAGCCAUAUCAUGCGUUGAUAAUGAGGCGCAGAUGGGUUUUCCUCCGGUGGGCGGCAAUAUUCAUAGUAGCAGUAUUCCCUAUUAUAGGGGCAAUGCCCACAGUAGCAGUAAUGUCGAUAACAGCAGUUAUGAUCAUUUCGCAGGUAGACCUGAUGAGACUCGUGAAGAUAAUAAGGAGGAUAGAGCUAAUCCGAGUGGAGGUAGCAAAUUGGGAGGUGAUAUUAACAGUACAUCAGGAGGAACAAAGGUAGAAGCAGAUGUAAGCGGAGAUGGAGAUGUAGCAGAUAUCCUGUCGAGCUACGGUAGUGUAGAAAUAAAAAAGGAAGAAAUAAAAAGGAAAAAAAAGAAGAGUGUCGUUAGUGAGUUUUUAUUACCAUCCGCAUCUCAAUAUGGAAACAAGAAUUACGAUUAUAAUAAAGAAUUCUUGAGGAUAAAUAUAUAUGCAGAAAAAAUACCUCUUAUUCAUAUGAGAGAUAUAUUUUUUAUUAACAAUAUUAUAAAUAUAUAUGUUAAUAAUAAUGAACUAUUUGGUAAUAAUAUGUAUAAGGUAUAUGCAAGGGUUCUUAUUUUUCUCACAACGUAUUCUCCCUAUGAAUAUGUGUAUAAUCAUUACUACUCUUCAUGUUUUAGGGGAAAAAAAAGUGUCUUCAAAAAAUACUCGAGCUCCUUUUUUAAUGUGUACGAUGAUGCUAUUUCUGUUUUUGUAAGGGAGGAGGAAGCAGAUGAAGCUGAUGAAUUAGAUGCAACGGAUGAAGAAGACGAAUCAGAUGAAGUGGGGGAAUGCCAGAACUCCGGCGAUGAUACAUGUUUCGAAUACUAUUGCUCUGAAAAAAGGGAGGCAAGCGUAUACCCUGAUAUGGAUAAAAAAAGUAAGGGCAAAAGAACAUAUCAGCAAUUUUUACAAAGUAAAAAUGAACAACAGACAAGAAAAUCUAUACUAAAAAAAAAGAGUAAUUACUCAUAUGGAAAAGAAAUACAAUUAAUGGAUAAUAAGAACCAUAUGGAUACAAAUGUAUCAGAAGAAAACAUGUAUAGAGAUGAGACCAAGGAGAGAUAUGAGGUAUAUCUUCCAUAUACCAGUAUAGGAGUAGGCGAAAAUAGUGGAGUACAUUUUGUGAGUACUUGUACUAAUGAUAAAGAAAAAGUGAGUAAUGCUUCUUGUGGUAAAGGGAGCUACAAAGAUUAUCUUAAAGAUAACAUAACAGUAGAAGAUAAAGAGGUAAGAGAAAAGGAAAAUUAUUGCACAGUUAGUACUCCUCUAUAUCCUAACAAAAGCACAUAUGGAAAAAAUAGUAAUAACUUGGAGCGUCUUUCAGUAAGUCAAAAGCUAAGUAGACAGUGUAUACUUAAUUACGAUAAGGAGGAAAAAUACGAAGAAGCAAUUGAUGAUGAUGCUCAGGGAAGAUAUAUGUCAACCGGUGAGUUCGUAAAGGGAGAAGGUAAAGAUAAAGAAGAAGAGGAGGAAAAGAAAAAAGAAAAGAAAAAAGAAAAGAAAAAAGAAAAGAAGAAAGAAAAGAAAAAAGAAAAGAAAAAAGAACAUAAGAAAGAACAGAAAAAAGAACAUAAGAAAGAACAGAAAAAAGAACAUAAGAAAGAACAGAAAAAAGAACAUAAGAAAGAGCAGAAAAAAGAGGAGGAAGAAGAACGACGUGAAGAUACGUACGAAUACUUCUCUAAAGCUGAAGUUCAUCUGACAAACUUUGCUUCCGUUAAGGAAAAUUAUGGUGUAAAAACUAGCAACAAGUUAAAAGAAAUAAGUAACACAGACAGUAAUAGACCUCUUCCCAAUAAAGAGCUUCCUUUUUUUAAAACCGAUGGAUCAUAUAAAAAUGUAAGUGAACGUGUGAUAUUGGGAAGUAGCCUAGGGGAGAGAAACGAAGUGAAUAACGACAAGAAUAAUCAAAAUGACUUUCAACAAUGUAGUAAUAAGAAUAGUAUCUAUCAGAAAAAGUGCGGUAACAUGGUGGACGAUAUUUUCGAGUUGAAAACAGAAAUUAGGUCAUGUGAUGAAGGAAAAAGUAGCAUAUUUCAAAAUAUAAAAAGUAAGAAAAAAUUAAAAAUAAACACAUUAAAUAAAAAAAAAAAGUGGUAUUUUUAUAAACUGUUUUAUAAAUUUCGAAUUACAUAUAAUAAUUUUCUAAAAUAUACUCAAAAUGAAAUAUUUCAUAUAUACCAAAUUAUUCAUGGUAAUUAUUCGGAUUCAACAAAAGACAAAUUGUUACUAGGAAGAAUAAACAGUAACUUAGCAGCAUCUAUUAUUUAUAAAUAUGUAUAUAAUAAUGUUUAUGAAUAUGUGAACUCGGUACAAAUUAAUUUGAUAUAUCCUAAAUUUAUUUUACUCAAGUAUAUUGUUGACAAGUAUCCUCAGAAGAGACACCUAACCCUUUCCUUUCUCAAGGAGCUGUACAUAUUCAUUAUUGAAAAAGAAAAAACCUCAGAGGAGUACGCAGAACUGAGAGAAAAUCUCAUCUUAUUUUUCGUUUACCUAAUCAGAUUUGAAAACAUGUUUUGUUACAUAGUAAAUAUCAUUAAGACGAUGGUUUAUUUAUUGGACAAGUCUCUGAUAAGGCUCUUCAUAAUUAAAACGUUAAGUUAUUGUGCACCUCCCUACGAUUUUAAGUUUUGCAAAUGUCUUCUUAACUUUAUUUAUCUAGUUUUAAAAAAAGAAGGUAUAUACUACAAGAAUGAUUUCAGAAAGGUGAUAAACAAAUUUCUGGAUGAUGUUGUAGAUAUGCAUAAAAUGUAUCAAAAUUCCAAAAGUAAAGAGCUCUUCAUUUUGAGUAAUCAUAUCAGGGAGCAGAUGGUAAAAUCAGAAAACGAAAUUGAAACGUGCUAA